CUUUCUAUUUAAACGUGUUCACUUUGACAUUUAAGAAUUUAGAAGUGUAAACAAGAUACAAGAAUGACCAGUCAGAGUAAAAUUAUACCGGAAAACGACUUGCUGCGAAUGUUUGGCAACGAUAUCCAAAUUAAUGAGCAGGGUGAUUUAACGUACACGUGUGUUGAGGAAGAUACGGAUCUCCUUAAUCUGCUAAAGAAGUUUGAUCUGGAAACACUUUUUCUUGGCCUAAAAAUAAAAAAUAUUGGUCUUCGAGCAGAGUUUAGAGAAAAGUUGUUUUUCUGGCGCAAGUCAAAGUUUGGAAUAGAAGACGAAACGUUGAGCCAGACUUCAAAAGUUGUUGGUUGGCUAGAAAAAAACCGUCACAAAGAUUCACCUUGUUCUUCAAAUAAUUCAAUAAGAAACGCAUUUGGAUCACAGCCCCUUUCAACAUUUUUAAACGAUAACUCAGCCGGAAAACAACUUAUUCAAUAUUAUGAGGAAUGGACAUGUUUUACGAAUAAGAAACGCGAUGCCCACAUUAAAAUAAUUUUAGAAGAUGUCAUGUUAACAAAGACAAAGCUUAGACCAGAACACUUUGCUAGUAUUGUGGAAGAAAUAAUUAGUUUAUUUCCCAAUGAAAAAGAGUCGCAGGAUUAUUACUACAUUCCUCGUCAAAGAAAAAAAAACCCAUCAGGCAAGCUCUAUUCCAAAUAUUUUAAUUUAAAGACAAAGAUUAGAAAGAGUAGUCCAUCCGCGGAAAGAUCUCUUUCGAGUGAAGUACGUGAUCCAUUAGUAGACGAAAAUGUUGAAGUUGACGAAACGCUGUCGUUAUGUUUAAAAACUUCGCUUCAAAAAGAUAUCAAUAAUUGGGAUGAGGUUAUUGACAAAUGGCAAAAAACAUUUACAUUUCGGAAAAAGAAUUUGGCAAAGCUUUCGAAUUCUGAUUUUUUGCAAGAGUGGCCAAUUUUAAAAGACUACUGUCUGUUUGAAUAA